GCAACCUGCGUUAUUCUUCGCCCGCGGCAAGGGAAAUGCCUCUUUCUACUCAAUUGUGAUAGACGAGAUUCUUCGUAUAUAUAUAUAUAUAUAUAUACAUCGUCUUCCUCAUCAUCAUCCACUCAUUUCCAUUUCCAUUUCCUGUUUCAAUCCCAUCACUUUUUCGCUAUCAUUUGACCAUUUUUCUCUGUAACGUUUCUUCUUUUCCAACCCCACUAAUAAAUCCAUAGUCUUGUUGCUUCUCUCUCUCCCUCUUUCUUUCAAUCAACCAAUCUAUCCGAGAUACGAACUCAGAAGCUUGAUCAAUGGAAACCCUAUCGGCGGGUGAAGCUAAUUUGGAGCAAAUUGCUGAGGAAUUUUACUGUUGCAUAUGCCUAGAUCUUCUCUUCAAACCUGUUGUACUGGCUUGUGGCCACAUGUCUUGCUUCUGGUGUGUCCACCAAUCCAUGAACGGGCUACAAGAGUCUCAGUGUCCCAUAUGUAGGAAUCAAUAUCAUUACUUUCCCGCCAUCUGUGAGGUUCUUCACUUUUUGCUUGUCAAAGCUUAUCCAGAAACUUAUAAGAGAAGGGAAUCUCAGAUUUUAGUCGAGGAAGAAGUUAAAGGUUGUUCUUCUCCUAGUUUCUAUCCUGGCCAACAGGCAUCUCUGAUUGGUGACAAUCUGAAUGACAAGGUUGAUAAUAAGAAUACGCUGCUGAAUAGAACAUUUGGCAUUGUUGGAGGAGGCAUAAAUGCCGUAGACAUGAAAGAAAGCAAUUUAUCUGAAACAAAUCAAAAGAUUACUGUGAAUGAUGUGUUGUGUGCUGCAUGCAAUCAACUGCUAUUUCAUCCUGCUGUCCUUAACUGUGGCCAUGUAUUCUGCACAAGUUGCAUUGCACCAGCCAAUGAGGCAGUUGGGGCAGUUUGUCAUGUUUGUCAAAGGAUAGAUCCCAGGGGAUUCCCAAAAGUAUGUUUGGCCUUUGAUAAUUUCUUGGUGGAACACUUCCCAAAGGAAUAUGCAACCAGGAAACAGGCGGUUCUACUCAAGCAAGCACAAAUGCAGCAUGAGAAUCCAGUGACAUGCUCCACCACAUCCGUUGAAAACGGCGUUCAGCUCUCAUCACCUAAGGAAGAAAAUCUUCAACCAUGUUGGGGUGAUAAAGGCGCACAUUUACAUACUGGAGUUGGUUGCGACAUUUGUGGGAUGUUCCCAAUAGUUGGAGAUAGAUACAGAUGCAUGGAUUGCAAGGAAGAGAUAGGUUUCGACCUGUGUGGGCAGUGCUACAACAGUCAUUCAAAGGUCCCUGGGCGUUUUAAUCAGCAACACACCCCAGAACACAAAUUUGAACUCUGGGAUUCAAACCAUUUUCGUAUAUUUCUGUCAAGAAUGCUAAGGGGCCAGACUCAAGAUCGCUUACUCCCCUUCCUUUUAUCUGGUAUCACUUCUGCAACAGAUGACCAAGAUGAAACCAAUAUCUCUAGUAUACUCCAACUUAGCCAGCAGGAGGACCAGACCACCACCAAUCUCAGUACUAGUACUAGUCCUAGUACUAGCACUAGUAGUACACCACCUUCUACUUCUACUACUGCCGAAGAUAGUGAAAAUGAUGUUGCCUUGAAUAAUACCACAUGAGAGGUCCAUGAUCUAUUUGGGUUUUAAACUCCCUUCUUUCUUUAGGGAGGGUGGUGUGAUGGGGGUAGUAGGUAUAUAUGUAUGCCUAAAGAAAAACUUUUCAUAAUGUCUCUUCUUCUGCUUCAAAAGAUUUCAUAAUAUGUCAUUUUAUCUACAUGUACAUGCUGCUUAUUCCAGUAUUAUGUGAAAUUAAAUACUAACCCUGGAAAGAAAACCAUCUUGCUUUGGUUCAACAGAUUUUGAUUGAUAUGUUGUUAAUCAAACCUUUGACAUACCCUAUUUUCAUGAAUGAUAAAACCUGUUUCUUUCA